UUGUUUACAGGCAAUAUACAUUGUGAUAUACAAGGAUAGACUAUAAUAAUUAACUAUUUUAAAUUAGGUCUCUUAAGUUCCAGUGGGAUUUUAAAGUGGAAAAUUGCAAAAAUAUAUUGCAAUGUUUUUUGAGAUCAAUCCACUUGAAAUAUGCAGCAAUUCUGGAUCACAAAUUGUUUGUGACGUUUCCGUUUUAUUGACUUCUACAUUUCUAUUUCUUAUUCUGAGGUUUUUAUUGUAUUAUUUCUCUGCAAUUCCAAAGUCACUGAAAACAAAAUGCAAUGAAAGUGCUUAUUGGUUUAAUGUUCUUGUAUCAAUGAUACAUUCAACUAUUACUGGAACAUGGUGUCUGUUGUGUUUCUACAAUGAUCCUGAGAUGGCGUCUGAUCUCAUAAAUGGUCAUGGUCGAUCAGCACAUAUCCUGGUCACAAUUUCAACAGGUUAUUUUCUCUAUGAUGUGAUUGAUAACAUAAUAAUGCUUCCUCUUUCCAAAAGUUGGGAAAUUCUGUUACAUCAUGCUGUGGUUUCUUCUUGCUUUGGUAUAUCCGUGUUUCGACAUCAGUAUGUUGGAUAUGCAGUUGUAGCUCUUCUGGUCGAAGUAAAUUCAGUGUUUCUUCAUAUGAGAAUGUUAUUCAGGUUGUCCGGUGUUGAUAAAAAGAGUCAAAUUUACAGAGUCAACUGUAUUGUCAAUCUUGGAACGUUUGUAUUAUUUCGAAUUUGCACCCUGACAUACAUGACAAGGUGGUUAGUGUUUAAUAAAGUCGCACAACCAUUCCACGGCAUUGCUGUUGUUGGUAUGGCGUUGAUGACAAUAAUGAACGCAGUGUUAUUCAUUAGACUUUUAAUUAAAGAUUGUUUUGGACAAGAUAAAAAAUAUCACCACGGAGACAACAAAGUUUCAAGUGACCAAAUAAAGUCCGAUAGCAAUGGUCAUCAUGUACGUGCCAAAAUAGAAUAAUUAUCAUCCGUAUAAGAGAAUAUCGAAGAAUUUAUUGCAACGUAUGGAAGGUACUGCUGUACCAAUAAUGAACGCAGUGUUAUUCAUCAGACUUCUAAUGAAAGAUUGUUUUGGACUAGAUAAAAAAUAUCACCAGGCAGACAACAGAGUUUCAACGAAGACCAAACGAAGUCUGAUAGCAAUGGUCAUCACGUAUGUGCCAAAGUAGAAUAAUUAUCAUUCGUAUAAGAGAAUAUUGCAGAAUUUAUUGCAACGUAUAGAACAGGGGUUGGCAACCUACGGCGGGCAGGCCGGAUCCGGUGGUGAUUAUAUUCUUUAUGUAACAUAAUUUAUUGUGAGACACGUAUAGACUAAAUUAUUGUAUUGGAACCUAACAAGUAUAUAAUUCACAAUUACUCGUUCAAUGUGCCUAUAAUGUAAUUAUAAUUAGACAAAUGGCAUAAAGGCAGAAAAGUUGAUGCUAAAUGCAAAGGGUUCGAUGGCUCCGAAAAUAUUCAAAUGGAAUUUUUUGAGAUGCAAUGAGAAAAGGAAAUUUAAAAUUUUGUUGAGAGAUGUAUCCCUGUUUGAUUUUUAAUUUAGAAAGUAUCUAUCAUUUGUCCGAUUUCAACUUUCUAAAAAUAUGCGCGGCCUGCCAAUGACUUGGAACCCUUAAUUUUGGCCCGCGAGCGACAAAAGGUUGCCGACCCCUGGUAUAGAGGUUACUGCUGUACUUACAACUGAGGCUCGUUACUUAUUAUUAAGUUAUGCAAGACUGCUUCAUAUAUUUCCGCCCAUUUUUAUACAAUUUGCUUUCUAUGGUAAAUUUUUUUAUAUCAUUUUCCGACAUAUGGUUUGUUCAAUAUAUAUAUUAGUAGGCCAUAAGCUAAUGUGACUACAUGCAAAAAAUGUCUUUGCCAAUUCACACUCAUUCUGUUACUGAUGUCUUCCAAAUUAUGUAAAUAUCUUUAUCGAGUAAUAAAGUAUUCGAUAUUUUUUCGAUUGAACAAUAAUUUGCAUAGAUAGCAUUGGUUCAACAUUUUUUGUUUUCACAAAAUAUACUUUGAAGACCUCAAAACAGAAGCUAAAAAAAGCAGUAUUUUGCUAUCCUAAGUUGAAAAUGCAUUAUCAAAGAUCUAAGUCAAUAAGAUUAUUAGGCAAAAAAAAACAAGGUAUAUAUUUUCUGCAAAAUUUCUAUUUCUUUUUGCAAAUAGUAGUUCUUUUACCUAUUUAGUGUGGAGCAUAAUGAUGACGUUUGUAUUAUUUUUGUUUACUGUACCUCUAACCUGACAGGUUUUGACAACAUUGUCCCAGUGAAUAUAAGGAAUUUCAAUUUUUCAAAAAAAUAUUUUUGAUAAAAUAUCAUUGAUAUGGUAACAUAUAUAGACUUUGUUUUACUGACAGUGGGUCGUGCACAAUUCUGUACUUAGAACAUGGGAAGAAACAUUUGCGAUUUACUCUUGGGAAAGGUUUGAUUUUAUCUAAAGAAUUUAGGAUAUUCAAAAUAAAACAAACUCCCCACACAUGCAAUUGGUUGCAUUUAACAACCUACAGGAUGAAUAGCUACCAGAAAAAUUAGUUUAAUGUUCUAUCAUUUAUUUGUGUUAAUGAUUUUACCUGUGUUAUUACUUGUAUGAAUUUGUUCAUUUUUUUUUUCAAUUUGAAUAGAUUUAUUUUUUAUUAUAUUUUGUAUUAUCAGUAAACAACGUUGCAGAGAUUAUCUGUUGGCAUCCCACAAUGAAGCUGUAUGCAACUAUCAAAACAGAAUUAUUUUCGUAAAUUGAGAUUCACAGUGGGGAUGAAUGUUGUGUAUUGAUGAAUACUUAUAUUAUUACACAGAUUAUUUUUAAAUAAUAGAUGUCAGUAUGAUUCUAUUCACAGAUCUGGCACAUCUGGUUUACAGGUGUAGCUGAAUAAAUUUAAAAAUGUUUAGUAAUCGGCACAGGUGUUUUCAACACACCACAUUCUAAUUACCUAAUAAAUUUUAAUCGUUCAAUUAGCACGCAUUGUAGUGUAAUUAAAUAAUCCAGUGAAAAACACACUUGUAUAUAUAAGUUCCUGAAAGCAGAGUACAUACUCCGUCUUAGAUAUAAAAAUUAUGUCUGUAUGAACGUAACAUCUAUUGUUCAAAUUGUUUUGCAACGAAUAUCCCCACAAACAGUCAACUUGACAAAUAAAAUUAUGAAGCAGCGAUUUGGAAUAAGACUUUGUCUUCAAAUUUUCUUCAUCUACCUCUUGUGCUUCCUGGUGGACAUAUUGCGCAUUUAUUUUCUAUUAGUCUUCUGAGAUUAACCCUAUAACCAAUUUUUAUUUUACGUUUUCCAUGAUAUUUGCAAACCUGUUGUUGCUGUCUUAUAUACCUGGUCUGGAGGAAUUUUUUGUUCAAAUGUAUCCUCUUCAUUGUGUGAUAUCCAAAUUAACAAAGAUCCUAUUUCAAGUUUCAUUUGGUCAAAGUCAUUGUAUCUUACCUUAAGAAAUAUUUUGAUCAUCGGGCAUUAUAUUUUUGUUAGUAUCCCACAUCUAAAAAUUGCAAUUGAAACAAAUGUAUUAUGAUUUUGUUACUGAGUCUCACCAAUAUUAUUUAUUUUUAUAAUUAGCAAUCCUGCAUUGUGGUAAUUUUAAUGUUGCGACCUUUAUUGCAUCAUACCAUUUUCCACCAUUUCAACAGUGUUGGUCGCUUCAAGCAAAUAAAACAAUUUCCUUUCUUAUAGAA